UUACAGUUUAGCGAGUUACCUGCCCUUGGUUGUGUCUCUGUAUUGCUCCUUCUGCCGGCAGAGGGCGUCGUUGCGCCGUGCUCUGAUUGGUCAACUUCAAACCCUGUCUUCCCAGUCUUUACAAUGGAAGGAGAUUAUUCGCCUCCUUCGCAAAGGAAGUAUCCCAGACGUGGACGAAAACACUUCGAUGAUGGACCUGAUUCCGAGAAAUUCAGGAAACUUUUCAUUGGCGGUCUAAGUUAUGAUACCAAUGAAGAAAGUUUGAAGAAAUACUUCUCAAAAUGGGGUGAUAUUGUUGACUGUGUAGUGAUGAGAGACCCCAAUACUAAAUGGUCUAGAGGGUUUGGCUUCAUUACUUACAAAAAUGUGAACGAAGUUGAUGAAGCUCAGAAGAAUAGACCACAUUCCUUGGACAACCGUGAAGUUGAGACCAAGCGUGCUAUGCCGAGAGAUGAUGCUGAAUCUCAAGCAACUGUCAAGAAAAUGUUUGUUGGUGGUCUUAAAGAAGACAUAUCAGAUGAUCAGUUACGGGAGUUUUUUGAACCUCAUGGCAAAAUAGCAAACAUUGACUUGAUUACUGAUAAAACCACUGGCAAGAAGAGAGGAUUUGGUUUCAUUUCCUUUGAAGAUUAUGAUACUGUGGACAAACUUGUCUUGAAAAAGUACUUGACUUUAAAUGGAAAGCAAAUUGAAGUGAAGAAGGCCCUGUCUCGCUCUGAAAUAAACAACAGCAGAAUGGGUGGCGGACCUGGCUAUGGCGGCGGCGGCGGUGGAGGUGGAGGUCCCCGAGGUGGACGAGGUGGCAAUGACGGUCCUGGCCCCAUGAGAGGUGGUAUGGGUGGAAGAGGUGGCUCUGAUGGUGAGUGGUCUCCUGGAUUUGGUAGAGGCUUUGGAAGAGACAACUUUGGUUCUGGAGGUGGUUAUGGAAAUUUCGGAGGUAGCGGUUAUGGUGGCGGUGGCGGACCCGGUGGUGGUGGUGGUUAUGGUGGCGGUGGCGGACCCGGUGGUGGUGGUGGUGGUGGCGGCGGUUACGGCGGGGGUGGAUAUGGGGGUGGCGGUGGUGGACCCAGUGGGAACUAUGGACCUGGCGGCGGUGGCGGAGGGCCUGGUGGAUAUGGAGGUGGCGGAGGCAACUACGGUGGCAGUGGUGGUGGUGGUGGAUAUAGCGGCGGUGGUGGAGGUAACUAUGGUGGUGAGGGUGGUAACUAUGGCGGAAGUAGUGGCAGAGGUGGGGGAGGAGGUGGAGGUAAUUACGGCAGUGGAGGUGGUGGUAGUGGCAACUACGGGGGUGGGGGUGGCAAUUAUGGAGGAAGUAGUGGGGGAGGAAGCGGUGGUUAUGGUAUGGGCGGUGGUGGUGGAAGUGGCGGCGGCGGGGGUGGCGGUAGCUAUGGCGGAUCGCAAGGAGGCAAUGAUUUCAAUGACAGUUUCAGCGGAGGAAACAGCAAUAAUUGGCGAGGAGGAGGCGGCGGCGGUAGCAGCAAUUAUGGCAACAGUUAUGGUGGCAGUGGUGGUGGCCCAAUCAAAGGAAGUGGUUCAGGUGGCACCUACUCUCAGAGAGGAUCUGGUCCUUAUGGAGGUGGCUAUGGCGGCGGUAAUUUUGGAGGAGGCGGCGGAGGCAGUGGGGGUGGCGGUAGCGGAAGUGGCGGCGGCAGCAGCUACAGACGCUAAAAAAAAACUAACCUGGCAGCGACUUAACAUUCAGGCAGGCUUUACAGUGCAGAAACGGAGGCAGCUAGCUUGAAUUGUACUUAGUGUAACCGUGGAGACAGGCAAGAGGCAAUUGUAGUAGUACUGAGGAGAGACACAAGAGAGGCAGGAUUGUACUUAGUGUAACCAAGGAAAUGGGCAGAAGCAGAUUGGUGGCUCUCAAAGAACACCACUCUAAAUUUAAAAAAAAAAAACUUUUAAAAAGAUGCAAUAAAAAGAAGAAACAACAGAACAAAAAAAAAUGACUUGGUAGCAGGCUUUGAUCAUCAUUUUCCAAUUUUAAGACAUUUUCAAGUGACAGUCGUAGCGUAAGGGUCACAUUUGGCCGUAGAUGUAUGAGACUUUGACACAUUUUCUAUAUUAAUCAUUUGGCUUGUAGUUUAGAAGUGGGAUGUGUAAGCUAGAUUUGAAAUUUUCAAUAUAAACAGACAAUAAUAAAGUUGUUGUGUUAGGUCUAAUUAAGCUUUGACAUUGCCCACUGCUUUGGCAUAAUACGUAAAUAUUAAUUAUAUUAAGAAAAUGUACAAAGGCAAAGUAUUGGUCAGGUUUACUUUUCAUGUAAUACUGUCAACUGUGAUGGUGUUUUGUGACAACACUUUGCUGACUGUUGUUAGGACUCCACACUAGAAAGCUGCAAGAGAUAAAAAAACGGUGGUGCUAGAGCCUAGUAGUGUGAAACUAGUUUCUCUGUGAACUGUUAUUGCUUUCCUUGAAUGUUGAGUUCAGCUUUGGUGGUUAU